GCGACAUCCUCUCCACGACCAAACAAUGGCGACCGUCGAAGCAACCCCCGCCGCUCCGGCCGAGCAGCAGGACCAGCCAUCUUCAACCUCCGACUUUGACAUCGUGUCGACCUACCGCGGCCUCCUCGAAUCAGACCCCCACCUAACCAAGCCCGUCGCCGCCAUCGAGUCCCUCAUCGCGCUGCUAAACGCCCACCCCUCGACGACAGUCUUUGAGACUCUCGAGAUGGUCAAGGUCCACUCUGACCGUCUCAAGGACUCUGUCGCCAACCCGGUACCCCUAUCCGCCGGAACGGACCUCUUCUUGCAGUACCUCGUCUCGUCUCUACGCCAGCAGGACGGCAGCUUCGAUGCGGUGCGACAGCAUUUGCUCCGCAAUGGCCGCCUCUUUGCGGCGAGGGCCAACGCCGCUCGUGAAGGUAUUGCCGACGCAGGCUUUAGGCUCGUCCGCGAGGGGCAGUGCAUUCUCACACACGGUGCCUCACGAUCAGUCGUGGGAAUCUUGGAGCGUGCGGUGCAGGAGCUCGGAGCUGCCAAGUUCAAGGUCAUCUAUGUUCGUGAAGAGACGCGCGUGGAGGAGAGUGACCGCGUCGUCCGUGAGCUCCGUGAAAAAGGUAUCCCGGUUGCUGAGAUUGCAGAGGCCUCGGUCGCCUACGUCAUGGGUCUGCUGCGACAGGUCAACAUGGUGAUUGUCGGCGCCGAGGCCGUCACCUCCAACGGCGGCAUCAUUUCUCGUAUGGGAACUCUGCAAAUCUCCAAGUUGGCUGCUCAGGCUAGCGUGCCCUUUUAUGUCGCUGUCGAAACGCACAAGUUUGCCCGCAAGUUUGUCAUGGACCAACGAGACAUUGGCUUCAAGCAGGACGUGCUCGACUUUUCCAUCAGCACCAAGAGCAAGCAGCCCGUUGAUGCUGUCGACUUUACACCCCCUGAUCUCAUCUCCAAGCUCAUCACAGAGAACGGGAUUAAGCUUCCUGGCUACGUGUUUGAGCAGCUCCUCGAUAUCUACGGUAGCUUGAACAGCUGAGCAGCGCGGCUGAGGCAGACAAAACAACGCCGCGCCCACCUAGGCCGAGACAAGUGCUCGUCUUUGGGAGACGGGCCCUGUUAAAGACCCAGGGGGGUCGUGUCCAGCUCGCCGAGCCCUCAUGAUCACUCAUGGUGUAUCUCUAUUGACCGCAAAGAUUCAGCAUCCAGGCAAUGAAAUGGCGUUCAGGAUUAGUAUAAGAUUUGCUAGGGACUCUGGACAAAAGUUGGACCUAUUAAUGUGCUAUGUUUACGAGAAGGGGUACCAAGGAUGGAAAAGGUACACCACAUCAAUCUUUUGGUAGAGGAGUUCAAAAGCCACACUCUGAGGGGCCGAUACUGGAACAUAGAUGAUAAGAAUACAUUUGCUAUCUCAAGUGAGUG